GUUGAUAGGAUCCUUAUCUCGUUCCAUAUGAAAUCAAGGCUUUCUACUCGCAAUAUAAGAAGGCAAGGCAUCAUGCCCUUGCUACCUAUUGUUUUCCACUCAUUUACGAUCUUUUCUAACCAUGGCUUGUCCUGACACCGUUACGACUAAGAAUCUGUCAGGAAAACUCAGACUCAAUAAAGCGCUGAGCGACGACAUUGAUGAAACCUUGAAACUUCAGGGCGUUGGCUACAUAAAGCGCACUGCUAUUGCCAACUUCACCCUUACACUGGAACCCACCCAAACCACGGACGAUGACGGUGUAGAGGUCGUUCAUGUUAAACAGACACUUUCAGGAGGCUUCAAGGCUCCUGCAGACACUCUACUUUUGAAUGGUCAGGAGAUUUCCAAGGAGGAUUCCCUCUUCGGACAUCUGAUCGCCAAAAGUUGGCGUUCAAAGGUCGAGGAUCUUGAUAUUGAUUUCUUGAAGGAAGGUUGGUCGGAGGAUACCCUUGAGGAUGGCCUCAUUGCCGGUGUCGUGAAAAGUGACACCGCCAAGUCCGGGAGGGACUGGGUCAUAAAUGUGGUUUGGGGUUUCGUCAUCCUUGAAGGUGUCAGGAGAUUUGCCCGGCGCUUCAGAUUCACCACGAAGGAAAGGUCUGGGCCGAUCGACGUCAAACUGUACUACGACUAUGUGGAGUGAGCCUUUACAAGAACAAAUCAAACUCUGUCUGUACAAUGUGUAUAAUGAAGUUGCAUGCAAUUGAUCGAUUUAUCCUUGCGUUGGGU